AUGGCUUACUCCGUGAGGAUUCUCAAGGGGGCGUCCGCUCCGCACUGCCCGGUCAUCAUCUUCCUCCUCACGCUCCUGAUGAUGACACCCUGCCGGACUUUUGAUGCAACGUUUCUGGAGCACCCAGCAGUUGCAGAUGCCCUCUCCAACCAGCGCUUCCAGAGGGAUGCCCCGAUGACCGCGAGGCUGAGAGACUUUGAAGGGGAUUUGGAAUUCCUGACCUCUUUUGAACUCAAGAAUGAACAGCAUUUUGCCCAGAAUCUCACUUCCCCGGUGUACAUGAUGGACCUCUACACCUCCAUGGAGACAGGGGAGGAUCGCGUCCAUCCAUCAGCAGAGGAAGUUGAGGCGAUCGUCGAUUCAGACACAGUCCGGAGUUUUGCUGCUGAUAUUAAAGAAUCCAACUCAACCCCAGCAGGCAACUUCACCAGUGUGUGGACAGCCAACUUUCGGGUAACUUCCAUCAAGGACACAGAGCGAGUGCGCAUGGCCGAACUUCGAGUCGUUAUGGGCCGCACCUUGAGCCAGUCAACCCUAGAGGUCGCCCUUCACCACUGGGCUCCCGCUCCCUGCCCACGUGACCCGAGGCUGUUCGAGUGCUUCUCGAAGCAGCUUCUCAUCUCCCGGAUGUUGCCGACCCAUCGCCACGACGACUACGACGGAAGUGAGGUGUUUGACGUCACGGAGGGAUUACGUCACUGGUUCCGUGAGGACAAUUUUCUGCGCGGGAAAUACGAACUUGAGAUCCGCACAGUGAGUGAUGGUGCGGAGAGCUCGGAGGACUCGGUGAACUCUUUCUCAGACGAAGCAGAGCUCUCUUCGUUUUCAUCGCUUUCAUCAUCUUCAUCCUCGUUCUCACUGUUCGACGACGAAGCGACCGGCUCUGGUGAGAUCCCACAGAGAGAGGAAACUGUCGACAGCACCGGUGGAUUAGAGGAUGUCACGCUGGUAGUCUUCUCACGUGCACUGCAGCCGGUCAACAUCAUCGACGACGCUCAGAGCUCAGUCAAAGUCCGCACUCAACGGGGCGCAUCAUCACGCAAGAACAAGAAGGAGAAGAAACAUCACUACAGCUCAGCAAACAAGGCGGAACAGGAACGACUAAUCCAGGAGAAACUACUACGUGAGAUCAUAGCUCAGAGCCGGGACGCCGGAACCUGUAGGAGAGUCAAGAUGGAUGUGGACUUCUACACCAGUGGCUGGGCCAGCUGGAUCGUCUACCCGAAACGAUUCAAUGCGUACAGGUGCGCCGGGAGAUGUGCCGGACCGCUCGGAUCCGCGGAUAAUCCGAGCAACCACGCCAUUAUGCAGAACAUGGUGCGGUCGACAGGGAGACCGGACAUGGCGCCGGAACCGUGCUGUGUUCCGACUAAGUUAUCUGCGUUGAGUAUGAUCUACCUGGAGCACGGGAACAUUGUUAUGAAACAUCACGAGGACAUGGUGGUUGAGGAAUGUGGUUGCCGUUAAAAAAACUUUUGGUUCAUGUUUUCUUAAAGGUGCUAUAUGAACACGUUUAG